AUGGGUGUUGACAUCAAGAAGCACCACGUCAAGACGGGCCACCGUUCGGCCCCCAAGAGCGAGGACCCGUACCUGCUGCUGCUUGUGAAGCUUUACCGCUUCCUUGCGCGCCGCACCGACUCGCGCUUCAACAAGGUGAUCCUCCGUCGCCUGUUUAUGUCGAAGAUCAACCGCCCGCCGGUUUCGGUCUCGCGUGUCAUCUACCUCUCGCGCAACCAGGGCGGUGUUGCCAAGGAGGCUUCCGAGACCCCCAAGACUGUGGUCGUUGUUGGCACCAUCACCGACGACAACCGUGUGCUGGACCUUCCCAAGCUCAGCAUUGCCGCUCUGCGCUUCACUAACACCGCUCGCGCGCGCAUUGAGGCUGCUGGUGGUGAGGCCCUCACCCUCGACCAGCUCGCCAUGCGUGCCCCGACCGGUUCGAACACGGUGCUCAUCCGUGGCCCCAAGAACGCUCGUGAGUCGGUCAAGCACUUCGGCUUCGGUCCCCACAAGCACAAGAAGCCGUUUGUUCGCUCGAAGGGCCGCAAGUUUGAGAAGGGUCGCGGCCGCAGAAAGUCGCGCGACUUCCGCGUCUAA